UCGUGGCGUUUCAUUCUUCUGCUUUACACUGUAUAAGAAGGACAAAUAUAAGCCCUCAUGAACCCAUUAACCUCAUGUUCCAAAGGAACCCUUUGUUUAAAAGAUGGCCAGUGGACUGCUGGGAUGUACCACUGCAGAUCGCAGAAAUAAAAACUUCUUGCAUCCGAUGACCCGCCUCUUUUUCCGGACUCUUUUGAGAGUCGCACGCCUGGACAUCCACUUCCGCCGGAAAGACUCGCUCCUGGGGCACCGAUCAUGCUUUCCACGCUGUAGUAGGACUCAGUGUGCGCACUCUGUGUCUUUCUUGUCGCCUGCAGAGACUCGGGAGAAUCAGCAUGUUGUGCGAGGCGCCGCCGAGACUGGUAGUGGCGGAGCUACUAUUCAUGCUGCCGGAGGAGGUGGAGGAAAGCAGCCGAUGUCACAGCAGCAGCAACGCCAAUAGCAUCCUCUGCUUGUGCUCCCGCGCCUUCGUGGAGGAUCGAAAACUGUACAAACUAGGCUUAAAGGGGUUUUAUGUCAAAGAUGGAGAUGAUAGUAUUGGGGAAAGUCAAGCGUCUGAGGGUGAAGAACAAGAGGAAAAAUAUACCCUUGAGACUGGUGAUUUAUUGAACAGCCUUGCUUCUGAACGGGAAGAAGUUGAACUAGAUUCAGAGACUGCGCUUAUGAAAAGUAUGGGCUUACCGGUACAGUUUGGCAGUGGAACAUCUCAUAAGAUUUUGGUGGCAUCAAAGAACAUUGGAAAGAGAAGUAAAAAAGUGACGAAGAAGAAGAAAAAGAAAAAGAUGCUGCAAAAAGACUUCCUUGAAAUCAUGCAGGAGACCUUAGAAGAGGGUCAGAAUGAUGAUGAGCACUUCCUUUCUGAUUAUCCUGUUUUAAUGAAAAAGGAUGAAGAAAACUGUGAAAAUGGAGAUGUUCUGCUUGAUGAGCUUCAUCUGAAAGAAAAAUGGGAAAACUAUUGGGGCAAGUAUGGAGAAGGAUUGCUAUGGCAAAGUUGGCAGGAAAAACACAAAGAUAUAGAUUCCGGACUUCUGGAUGUCUCUGAGCCUUGGAAUAAUCCUGAAGUGAAGGAAAGGUGGGAGCAGCAUUAUAGUGAGCUAUACUGGUAUUACUGGGAACAGUUUCACUACUGGGCAAAUCAAGGUUGGACUGUUGACAUUGCACAAAACAGUGGCUCAGAAACUAACACAAGUAGACUGGAAAUGAUGCAGCCAGGAGAAACUCAUCAUAUUGGUACAGAUGACAAGUGUGGAGAAAUGCAGAACCCAGAACUUUAUUCUCAUCUCCCUUCCAGUACUACCUGUACAAAAAAUCCUACUGAAAAUGAUGAACACUAUGACGAAGUUCUUCCUGACAUCAGUAAAAUGAAUCUGAACUCAGAAGAAGCAGAGCAGAACAAAUUGGAAAACAUGGUUGAUAGUAAUGGUCAUCGGGCGCUGAGUUUAACCAGCAUCGCAAGGCACUGUCCUGGUGAUUCUGGCCAGACUGAGGAGUCUGCUGAGGGAACAAGGGAAGAAAGUGUGUCUUCUGAAAACAGAUUGUCAAACCAGACAAUUUCACAGGGGUCAUCAAAAGCAUGUUCAGAUGUCACAGGAAGGGGAUCACACAACAGUGAUGAGGAGGAGGAAGAGCCACCAGAACAGAAGCAAGUCAAGUUGAAGAGGAGCCAUGAACUGGAUGCUGAAGAACAACCACCAGCAGAUCCAGAAACAAUUUGUUGUCUUUUGGGACUCAAACAUGGCACAGGACAAAAAUACAAGGGCAUUUCUGGUUUCAGUGAGAGAAGAGUGACCUGUUUCAAUAAAAAUAUGAAGUUUAAGUCUAAAUCCCUGGACAUGCGCAGAACAAUCAAGACGAAAAAUAAACAUACAUAUUUUACAGAAGAAUCUGAAGUUUCAUUAUGCAAGAUGAGCAAGACUUUAAAUAAGGUAGAAAAGUUCCUGAAACAAGUGAAUGAACCUGUUGAAGAAACAGCUCAUGACUUAUCUUUUCAAGACAAAGUUGGUCACACUUCUACAAGCAGUGGUUCAGAGGAACAGGAAAAUGAUUAUGGCACGCAAAAUAAUUUGAAUCUCCAAAACUGUGCCCUGCUAUCCACCAGCUCAGUUUCUUGUGAAGUUAAAAGAAACAGCCUUGAGAAGCAAUGUGAGGAAAUGGUCAUGAUAGCAGCAAGUGUCUGUAACUCUCAGGAGGCAGAACCAGGAGAAGAAUGUUCUUUGGGAAGACAGUUAGUUCCCCUGGAUAUUCCAGACUAUCUGCAGAUGGAAACAGAAGGUGAAGUAAAUACUGCAAAGAAGAAAAAGAAAAAGAAAAAAAAGAAAAACAGAACCACACAGUCCCUACCCCCUGAAAUAGCCACUGAUCCUGAGUUGACCAAAUAUUGGGCCCAGAGGUAUAGGCUGUUCUCUCGAUUUGACGAAGGGAUUCAGUUAGACAGGGAGGGAUGGUUUUCUGUUACACCUGAGAAGAUUGCAGAGCACAUUGCAGAGCGUGUAAGGCAAUGCUUCAACUCUGACAUCAUAGUAGAUGCAUUCUGUGGCGUGGGGGGCAAUGCUAUUCAGUUUGCCUUGGCAGCAAAGAGAGUCAUUGCAAUUGAUAUCGACCCUGUAAAGAUCAGUCUUGCUCGCAACAAUGCAGAAGUAUAUGGAGUAGCAGAGCAGAUAGACUUCAUAUGUGGCGAUUUCAUGCUGCUAGCAUCCGGUUUAAAAGCAGAUGUUGUAUUUCUUAGCCCUCCAUGGGGUGGGCCUGAAUACGCGACUGCAGAAAUCUUUGAUAUUCAGACAAUGAUUUCUCCAAACGGAUUUGAAAUUUUCAAGCUAUCACAGAAUAUUACGAAGAGUGUUGUGUAUUUUCUUCCUCGUAAUGCUGACAUAGAUCAGGUAGCUUCCUUGGCUGGACCAGGAGGAAAAGUUGAAAUAGAACAAAACUUUCUGAACAACAAAUUGAAGACAAUAACUGCUUAUUUUGGUGACCUAAUCAGACCAGACAUGCCCUGACUUUUGUGUGUGUGUGUGUGUGUGUGUGUGUGUGUGUGUGUUGUACGUGUGCGCAACUAAUUCUCUGAUCAGUGCAAAAUGGAUCAUCCCAAUUACUUAAAAUCAUCCCUUCAACACCUAUUUCCACAAUUAGUGGCUGACCUAAAUGUUUUUUGUGUUGACGAGAAAAAAAAGUCUCUUACUGAUGUCAAUAAAAUAUUUUGUAAUAAGA